AUGUAUGUGGUACUUAGCAUAAUAAUCUGCCACAAAGUAGAUGCAAAUAGUAGUGAUGAUGAUGAUGAUGAUGAUAAAGAAGAUGAUGUCUCCUGCCCUCUGGAAAAUAAGUGUAGGCUAGCUGUCGCCUUUCCGAACAGAUACUAUGAUGAAGAAUCAUUAACAAAUACUUCUCAUGUAGAUCUUUUAAAAGAUCCAUUAAUGCUUAAGGAAACUGCAUAUCUGCCAAUCAACAAACAGAUCUCUUUGUUUACCAAACGACUACACAGUGGCAACACUGCAAUUAAGAAGAAACAGCAAGAUGUGCUUGGUUUCUUAGAAGCUAACAAAAUAGGAUUUGAAGAAAAAGAUAUUGCAGCCAAUGAAGAGAAUCGGAAGUGGAUGAGAGAAAAUGUACCUGAAAACAGUCGACCAGCCACAGGGUACCCCUUGCCACCUCAGAUUUUCAAUGAAAGCCAGUACCGUGGGGACUAUGAUGCCUUCUUUGAAGCCAGAGAAAAUAAUGCAGUGUAUGCCUUUUUGGGUUUGACAGCCCCACCUGGUUCAAAGGAAGCAGAAGCUCAGGCAAAGCAGCAAGCAUAA